AUGCCCAAUAUUCGUCGAACCUUUCCGGGGGACGACAAAGACAGUAGCGAAGAAGACGACUCGUCUCCACAAGUGUUCCACCGUAAUGGUGGGGGCAAGCAGUUAGUCCGACCCGGCGGCAAGUAUCUCCGACCGCGGCACGACGACGAAGACGAUGAUGAAGAAUCUUCCUCAGAGGAGGAAGAAGACCCCCCGCAACAGCAGAUUUUUAGUCGAGCCGGUGGUGGCAAGCAGCUGCGCCCGUCGGGAGGAGGCGGAAAAUAUUUGCGUCCAUCUGGAGGUCAGGAAGACGACGACGAUGAGAGUGAAGAUGACGAUGAAGAGCUGGACGACGACGAAGACGACGAGGAAGACCAGACUGCUCCACAAUCCCAGACCGUACGCGUAAUGCCGCGUGGAGGGGGCAAAAACUUUAUUCGAAUGCACGCCCAGCAACAGCAAGCGGAAGACAGCGAAAGCGAGAGCGAAGACGACGAGGAUGUGGUGGUGGUGGAAGAAGAAACGCCAGCUUCUGCGCCGGCCCCGGUUGUAGUGCCGGCGGUUCCGCAAGCCCGAGGCAAAAUGCUGUCCAGCAUGAGACCUCCGCCACAAGAAGACGACGAUGACUCGGAAGAAGACGAUGACGAAGUAGAAGUUCUGGAAAAUGUCCAACCAAUUAAGCCGGUGCAGCGUGGCGGAGGGAAAGCAAUUUAUGGUGGAGCGGGUGGGGGAAAGCAGCUUCGCCAACCAGAACCCGAACACGAGGAAGAAAAGCCCAAGCCAACAACCAUUUCGCGAUCUCCCGCCGGUGGCAAGCAAUUACGUCGCCCUGAAGCUGAGAAAGAAGAGGAAACGCCGAAGCCAACAAAUAUUUCUCGAUCCCCGGCAGGUGGAAAACAACUACGUCGGGCGGAAUCAGAAGAGGAUAUUCCAAAGGUUGCUGCAAUCAUACGUUCACCCGAAGGGGGAAAGCAACUUCGAAGGCCUGAACCCGAACAGGAGAAAAAGGAGCCGUCUGAGGCAUCGAAAAUUUCCCGCUCGCCGGCUGGGGGUAAACAGCUCCGACGUCCUAUUCCGAAGGAAGACACUGAAGACGACGACGAUGAAGAUGAUGAAAUCUUUGGCGACGAUGACGAUGAUGAGGAGUCAGACUACGAAGAAGCAGUCGCGGCGAAAAGAUCGACUGCAAACGGUCGACCCAAACGCAGAACUGCGGCAAAGAAGGUCAUUGUUGAGGAAGACGAGGAAAUCUUUGGUGACGACGAUGUCAGUAGCGACGAAGAACGGGAACUCGACAUUAAUAAUACCGAAGCUUUGAUCCGCGACGAAGACGAUCGCAAAUAUCUAGAUACCCUGCCAGAGCUCGAACGUGAAGCAAUAUUGGGCGAGCGUUUUGAAAAACUCAAGAACGAACAGGAUUUGAAAAAAGCCAUUAAAGAGGCCAAACGCCAGGCAGACGAGAAAUCGGGAAAUGUUCAAUCUACAGCACAGCGUAAGGCAACCCCGGGCAAGAAAUCUGCCAAAAAAGGUACGGCAGAUGACGACCAAGCCCUCGCGAGAAAACUCGCUGGAGCCAGUCGGCGAGAAUCUACUCGUGACAAGGAUGCGAAAGGAGCGAAGAGCAAAAAGGCCGCGGCUCUAGCGGCCUUGAAGAAAGAGCGCAAAAUACAGAAGCAGCAAGAUUCCGAUGACAGUGAAAUGGACUUCGGCGACGAUUCCGAUGAUGAUUCCGAUGAAGAUUAUGAUGAUGGGGGCUUUAUGCCGUGGCAAAAGAAGGCCAAAACACCGAAAUCGACAGUUUCACGUCUCGACAAAGAUGACGAGAAAAUGGAUUCCGAAGAUGACCGCGACGGCGCCGACGUAUCCAGGAGUAAGACGACUUCGGAUCGGAGUGGAGGUUCGGCGGUUGAAGCCACUUUGGAGGACUUCAAAAAAGUAACAGUUCCUCGCCGGCGCCUUGCACGGUGGUGCAAUGAACCUUUCUUCGAAGCAGCUAUUUUGAAUUGCUUCGUACGGGUGCUUAUCGGAGAAGACGAGAAUGGCGACAAGGUCUAUCGCUUGUGUGAAAUCACGGAUGUCAAAACAGGGAUGAAAGUGUAUAAGUUUCCGAUCGCUAAGAAAGGUGACAAGCCCAUCAUGACUACGAAGACUCUGACUCUGAAAUUUGGGAAAAACGAGAAAGAGUUUCCUAUGUCGUUGGUCUCUGAUGCGCCGCCGGACGAAGUGGACAUGAAGAAGUACGUGACUGUGAUGAGAAACAAUCGCCAAGAGCCUUUAACGAAGCGACAAGGAAACAAACUUCAUCGUCUCCAGCACGACUUGGUUCACAACUACGUAUAUACUACUGAAGACAUUGAGCGCAAUCUUCAACAACGAAAGAAACAAGGAAAAAAGCUGGGAAAUUUUGGAGCGGAGCUGACCAAGGCUGCGAUCGCAGUUCAAGCUGGCAAAGAUUUUGUCAAUGAAGCAGAGAAAAAAUUGAACGAUGCCAAGCGAAGCUUGAUGGAAUCUGACAGUAAUGAUGCGUCUUUUGAGAAGAGCGUGAAGGAUGCUGAACAGACUCUUGAGCGUGCAAAGGCGAACCUGGAGGAGAUUAUACAAGAUGAAAGAAAGAUGCUUGAUGUCGUGGAUAAUCGUAAGCGAUUGCUAAACCAACGAGCGAAAGAUCGAAAUUGGGCCAAAGUUAACCUGCGUGCCGUCCAAGCAAAUCAAAAAGCAGACCGGGAGGCUAACAAGCCACUUGACAGUGCACUAUCGGGUUCCGCCAAAAAAGAUACGUUCAACCCGUAUGCUCGCCGUCGAGUGAAACCGAAGAUUCUCUGGGAGGUAGGGCAAGAUGACGACACGGAAGAAGCGAAAGUAGGGGAAGUCGGGGGAAGCGAAGACGCUCCGAAAGAAUACUCGAACAUUCCGCCACCUAAUCUCGUUCAAGAAACCGACGACAACACCGCUGCCCUUAGCGAGAGCCAUCAGUUUGCUAUAGAUGAAGAAGGGCUUGCUCAGGCAUCGGCUACAUCUAUUCUGUUCGGAUCAAAUAGUUCAAUGAAGCGAAAACGCAACCGAAGAGGUCUAAGCCUUUCGGAUUACAUGGAGCAAAAAGCAAGCGGGCGUUUAUAG